AUGGCAACUACUGGGAACCUUUCUGAAGAGCAGGUGCACUGCUCCAUCUGUCUUGACGUGUUCACCAAUCCCGUAUCCAUCCCCUGUGGACACAACUUUUGCCAGAGCUGCAUCCUGGGAUACUGGAAAACCAGCCCUUUGUACCAGUGUCCCAUGUGCAAGAAGUCCUUCUUCAAAAGGCCCGAUAUUAGCGUGAACACUGUCUUGCGGGAAAUUGCAGAGCAGUUCAAGGAGAUUAGGGUUAAAAGUGUGAAAGGGAACGCGAGCAAAGAGGACGAGGAGGAGGGGAAAGAGGAGAAAGAAAAGAAGUGGACAAUGGAAAGACGGAAAAAGGAGGAUGAGGAGAGACUUUUGGAGAAAAGUCACAAGCAGCAGCUAGUGGAGGAGCUGAAGCAGAAGCAAGAGGACGAGAAGAAAAAGAAAGAGGCAUCAAAGGAGAAACCAGGAGAUAAGAAGGCACCACAAGAGGAGUUACCACCACUGAUCCCCCGAGCGUCAGCGCCCCGAACUUCCCCUCGGAGAUCACCUGAGAAUUCAGCUCAUCGUCCACCACCACCACUUCCCCAAACAUCACCCCCACCAUCACCUCAAACCCCUGCCUCUGCAGCACCUUCACCUACUUCUCCUUUGUUCCCACUGUCUUACUGGGAGGAGGUCUUGUGUGACGUUUGCCUAGGGGAAGGCAGGCCGAAAGCGGUCAAAUCCUGCCUUGUAUGUCUCACUUCCUACUGCGAGGAGCACCUGAAAUCUCACACCGCCAGGUUCACAAAGCACAAGCUGAUGGAGCCUGUUGCGAACAUGGAGGACAGGAUGUGUCCAAAGCAUGAAAGGCUCUUGGAGCUGUUUUGUAAGAAGGAUCAGACCUGUGUGUGCGUACUCUGUACUGAGACAGACCACAGGGCCCACUACACUGUCCCUGUGGAGCGAGAAUGGACAGAGAAAAAGGCGCAGCUGAAGAGGACAGAAAUAGACGUCCAGCAUAUGAUUGACCAGAGAGUGAAGAAGGUGGAGGAGAUCAAGCACUCUGUGGAGCUCAACAAAGCUGGCACUCAGAGAGAGAUCGAGGACAGCAUGCAGGUCUUCUCAGACCUGGUGCGCUCCAUCCAGAGGACUCAGGCCAACCUGGUUUUGGCCAUGGAAGAGAAGCAGAGGCAGACUGAGAGGUGGGCUGGGAACCUUAUCACUGAACUGGAGCAGGAAAUCGCUGAGUUAAAAAGGAGGAAUACAGACCUGGAAAACAUGGCUCGGACCGACCACAUUCACUUCUUGAGGAGCUUCCCGGCUCUUUGCACUCCACCAGCUGUCAAAGACUGGUCUGAGACGAAUGUACCCAAUGACAUAUGCGUAGGCAUGAUCAGGAGGGCUGUGUACCAACUGGAGACAACAUUGAAUGAAACAAUCGAAAAACUGGCUGACAGUGAGAUCAAAAAGGUUCUGAAAUAUACAGUGGACGUCACUCUGGACCCUGACACAGCCAACCCGUGGUUGCAGCUUUCCCAGGACAGACGUCAGGUGAGACACCUGGGGGCGUGGCAGGACCUCCCUGACCACCCUGAGCGCUUUGACACGGUGGUCAUCGUUUUGGGCCGUGAGCGCUUCACCUCAGGGAGACAUUUCUGGGAAGUCCAGGUGGGGGACAAGGACGACUGGUACCUGGGAAUAGCCAAGUCUUCUGUAAACAGGAAGGGCAAGAUCUCUGUAAGCACGGCCAAUGGCUACUGGGCUCUGGCCAUGAAGAAAGGCCAAGAGUACCGAGUGUCAACAUCACCGCCGUUAAUGCUCACCCUCGACUCCAAGCCCAAGCGAGUGGGCGUGUACGUGGACUAUGAGGAGGGGCAAGUGUCGUUUUAUGACAUGAAGGCUCGGACUCAUAUUUACACGUUCAAAGAUACAUUCACAGAGAAGAUUUUGCCCUUUUUCUACCUGUACUGCUGCGACAAAGCCUCAGAUACCUUUGUGAUUUCUCCUGUGAAUGAGAAAAGCCCGAUCAAACCUAGCUACAAGAACACAGAUGAGCAGAGCAUGAGCAAAACAAUGUAUACCCAAAUUAAAAGACCCAUAAUGUCAUCAUUGAAUGUCCUCGCCUCAUUGCCUAAGGAUCAUUUCCAGUGCUCGAUCUGUCUGAAUGUCUUUAGUGACCCAGUCACCACACCUUGUGGUCAUAACUUCUGCAAGACCUGCCUCAGCCAGCACUGGGACAAGAGUGAGUUAUGUCACUGCCCGAUGUGCAAUAAAAGAUUCCACGUCAGACCUGAGAUCUACACAAAUGUGGUUAUUGAUGAGAUUUCAGUCCAAAUAAAGAAGCAGAAAGUUGAGACACUGGAAUGCGCUGAUGCACCGUGGCAGGUGAAGUGUGAUGUGUGCUCAGAAGUGAAGUUUAAGGCCCUGAAGUCUUGCCUGGUGUGUCUGACGUCAUACUGUGAAACCCACCUGGAACCUCACCAAAGAGUUCCCUCCCUGAUGAGACACAAGCUGAUCGAGCCGGUGGUUAACCUGGAGGAGAGGAUGUGUGUGAAGCAUGAGAGGAUGCUGGACCUUUUCUGCAGGGAUGAACAGGUGUGUAUCUGUCUACUGUGCAAAGAGACAGACCACAAAUGCCACGACACAGUGCAUGUCGAGGAGGAAGGAGCUUUACAGAAGGGAAAUAUUGAGUCCAAAAAGGCUAAGAUCAAAAUGAUGAUUGAGGCCAGAAUGGAAAAGAUAAAAGAAUUUACAGAAUCAUCUGAAGUGAGAAGAGAGAAAGCAAAUAAAGAGUCUGGUGACAGUGAUAAGCUGUUCAAUACUCUGAUGAGUCGUGUUCAAGAAAUGCAAACGAAAAUUAAUUCAAGUAUUGAAAAGAAGCUCAGAAAAUGUCAAGACAAAGACGAAGCGCUGAUUAAAGAGCUGGAAGAAGAAAUCAACCAACUGCAGAGGAAACACUCUGAACUAGAGGAGCUUUCACAAAGUGAUGACCACCUUCACCUUCUGCAGACUUUGCAAGACCUGCGCACACUCUCAGACAGCAAGGACUGGUCCCAGAUCAGGGUUUACUCAGACGUGUACGUGCAGACUCUGAGGAGAGCAAUGUCUCAUCUUGUUUACACGUUUCAAGCUGAACUGAAAACUCUGACGAACACAGAACUAACAAGAAUGAGACAAUAUAAAGAGUCUGUCACCUUUGACCCGACCACUGCUGGUUGCUACCUUGUGGUGUCUGAAUUUGGUAAACGUUUGAAGUACUCCAAAACUGUGAGCCCCUCAUUGUAUGUUGACUCAGACAGGUUUGACUGUCCCAUGGUUUUAGGCACAAAGGGCUUCACCUCUGGGCGGCACUACUGGGAAGUCCAAGUAGGCCUUAGAAAUGACUGGGACGUCGGUGUUGCCAAGGAAACGGUAACCAGGUCUGGGAGGAUUGUUGUGAAAAGAGAAAAUGGCUUUUUUGCCAUAGGGAAGAAAGGUGCUGAAUAUAAAGCUCAACGCACACCCUACACAGUUCUUAACUUGUGUCCCAGGCCACGAAAGAUCGGAGUUUACGUGGACUACAAGGAAGGCCGAGUCUCCUUCUAUGACGUGAAUGAGAAAUCGCAUAUUUACUCUUUCACAGGAGAAUCUUUCACAGAGACACUGCUCCCAUACUUCUAUUUGUACAGUUGGGCAAAGAAAUCAGAGCCUUUGGUUAUUACCUCAAUGGAAACAUCUCUCCUCACUCACUUUGGCACUCUCACACAAGCUAAAGAAUAA